AUUCCAAGAUGGCGGCGGCCGCGCCAGCGGCGGAGGAAUGCAGCGCCGGAAUCCGUGCUCUGCUGGGAUAGUGGCCCGUCAGCGCCCCAGUAGUCGCAGCACAGCCGCCGCCGCGCUAGUUCCGCCCUCGUCUGCUCUCGCGUUUCGUCGUUUCCUUCGGCUGCACGCGCGUCCGCUACUCCUCCAGAGCGCUACAAUCCGCGGACGGACGCUCGAGGUUCUCCUUCUUUGUUUUUCUGCUUGCGAGUGAUUCAACUUCGCUUCGUGUUCUGUACUUUGGAAGCGACCAGCGAUGUGCAGGAAUUGAUGUGGUCGAGUGCGGUGCCCUAGCCGGAUCGGAUCAUGGUGAAGGGUGACCCUGCUCCCACAGCAAAAUGUCGCAGAGAGACCUGUCUGAGGUGGAGGGCACCGCGGAGCUGCCGGCGGCGAGUCGCGCGCUGUUCCUGGAGAAGGCGCGCCAGAGCAACGCCGCGUGCCAGGCGGGCGACUACGCGACGGCCGUGGCGCUCUACACGGACGCGCUGCAGCUCGACCCCACCAACCACAUCCUCUACUCCAACCGCUCCGCCGCGCUCGUCAAGAUGGGCCAGUUCGCGCAGGCGCUGCAGGACGCCAUCCGCGCGCGCGAGCUCAACACCAAGUGGCCCAAGGCAUACUACCGACAGGGAGUGGCUCUGCAAUGCCUGGGUCGCCACGGGGAUGCGCUGGCUGCAUUCAGCUCGGGGCUGGCCCAAGACCCCAAGUCGACGCAGCUGCUGGCCGGUCUCGUCGAGGCUUCCAUGAAGUCUCCGCUCAGGGCAACCUUGGAACCAACCUUUCGGCAACUGGAGGCAAUGAAACUGGACAAGUCACCCUUUGUGAUAAUCUCAGUGGUGGGACAGGAACUGUUGGCGGUGGGCCAGUAUGCAGCUGCUGUCGUCGUGCUGGAAGCCGCUCUUCGCAUUGGUACCUGCAGCCUCAAGCUUAGAGGCUCCGUGUUCUCCGCCCUAUCCUCUGCGUAUUGGGCACUUAACUCGCUGGAUAAGGCCAUCAGUUACAUGCAGCAAGAUCUUGCUGUCGCCAAAACGCUGGGUGACAUAGCAGGCGAAUGUCGGGCACACGGCAACCUAGGUUCUGCAUACUUCAGCAAGGGCAGUUACAAGGAGGCGCUGACUUCCCAUCGUUACCAGCUUGUUCUUGCUAUGAAAUGCAAAGACACCCAAGCAGCGGCUGCAGCACUAACAAGCCUUGGUCAUGUGUACACUGCAAUUGGAGACUACCCAAAUGCAUUGGCAUCACACAAGCAGUGUGUGCAACUAGUCAAGCAAAUGGGUGAUCGACUGCAAGAAGCACGAGAAAUUGGAAAUGUCGGUGCAGUGUACUUAGCAAUGGGGGAAUUUGAGAGUGCUGUUGACUGUCAUACACAGCACCUAAGGCUUGCAAGGCGUCUAGGAAAUCAGGUGGAAGAAGCACGUGCGUACAGCAAUCUUGGUUCUUCACAUCACUACCGACGCAACUUUGGCCAGGCGAUAGCAUUCCAUGAGAAUGUGCUACGCAUUGCGCAGGAGCUUGGAGACCGCGCCGUUGAGGCUCGUGCCUAUGCUGGCCUUGGACAUGCAGCUCGCUGUGCUGGAGAUUAUGCCCAGGCAAAACGCUGGCACGAACGUCAGUUGGAUAUGGCACUUGCAUCACGAGAUAAAGUUGGAGAAGGGAGGGCAUGUUCGAAUUUAGGUAUUGUCUACCAGUUGCUGGGGGAACAUGAUGCUGCUCUCAAACUACACCAGGCUCAUCUCAGCAUUGCAAGACAGCUGCAUGACCGUGCUGGCAUGGGUCGUGCUUAUGGCAACAUUGGAAAUGCGUACAGUGCUAUGGGAUACUAUGAGCAGGCUAUCAAGUACCACAAACAGGAGCUGACGAUAUCGAAAGAAGUGAACGACCGCAGUUCAGAAGCGUCAACACACGGAAACCUGGCAGUUGCUUAUCAAGCUUUGGGUGCACACGAAAUGGCACUACUUCAUUAUCGUGCUCAUCUCAAUACAGCCCGUGAGCUUAAAGACACUGCAGGUGAAGCUUGUGCUCUGUUAAAUCUAGCCAACUGCUUGUCGUCGAGAGGUGAAUUUGCUCAGGCUGUGCCCUUCUAUGAGAAUUACCUAAUGCUUUCUCAGGAAUUACAUGAUAUCGAAGGGGAAUCCAAAGCAUGUCACUUCCUGGGAUAUGCCCAUUACUGUUUGGGUAAUUAUCGUGAAGCAGUUCGUUACUACGAUCAGGAUCUAGCACUUGCCAAAGACUUACAAGACAAGAUGAACAUGGGACGUGCAUACUGUAACCUUGGUUUGGCCCAUCUUGCCUUGGGAAAUUUAGAAACUGCACUUGAAUGCCAAAAAUAUUUCCUAGCCAUAGCUCAUAUGAUGAAGCACCUCCCAGGCAAAUUCCGAGCGCUUGGUAAUAUUGGUGAUGUGCUUAUCAAGAUGGGUGAUGUAGAAGAGGCUGUGAAGAUGUACCAAAGGCAGCUGACAUUUGCACGGCAAGGCCGCGAUCGGGGCCUUGAAGCAGCUGCAUAUGGGGCUCUGGGGCUUGGCCACAGAUUGCUCCGGUGCUUUGACAAGGCUCUCGGAUACCACACUCAGGAACUAACUCUCCGACAGGAGAUGGGUGAUCUCAAGGGAGAGUGUCGUGCACAUGGGCAUCUAGGAGCUGUUCACAUGUCACUUGGCAACUAUACAAAUGCCAUGAAGUGCUACCAGGAACAGCUGGAAAGGGCAAAAGAGCUGAAAGACAAUGCAGUGGAAGCACAGGCUUUUGGUAACCUUGGAAUUGCCCGUCUUAACAUGGGUCACUAUGAAGAUGCAAUAGGAUAUCUGGAGCAGCAGCUUGCUACACUAGAGCAACUUUCUUCAUCCACAGCACUAUUAGAUAAGGGUCGAGCGUUUGGCAAUCUGGGUGACUGUUAUGAUGCUUUGGGUGAUUUUGAAGAAGCUGUGAAAUGUCAUGAACAACAUCUUUCAAUUGGAUUAAAGUUGAAAAGUCUUCGUGACCAGGAACGUGCUUAUCGUGGGUUAGGUCAUUCCCACAAGUGCCUAGGAAACCUGCAGCAAGCGUUAGUGUGCUUUGAAAAAAGACUAGUUGUUGCACAUGAACUUGGAAGCCCUGAAGCUAAAGCAUCUGCAUAUGGUGAGCUUGGUCACAUACACAGUACCCUGGGUCAUUUUGAACAAGCUAUCUCUUGCCUGGAACAUCAGCUUGCCAUUGCCAGGGAACUGAAAGACAAGGUGGCAGAAGCAGAUGCUGCAUGUGGGUUGGGUACUGUCUACCAGCAGAUGGGAGAAUAUGCAACAGCACUCAGGUACCACCAGGCUGACCUUGACACUGCAGAAGAGCUAGGACUGGCGGCACUACAGGGGCGUGCCUGUGGAAACCUGGGAACAGUGCAUGAAUCACUCGGCAACUUUGAAGAAGCUGUUCGAUAUCAGGAGCAGCAUUUAUCCAUUGCUGCACAAACAAAUGACAAGCUUGCCAAGACAAUGGCAUACAGCAGUCUAGGUCGAAUACAUCAUGCUCUUGGCAAUACAAGCCAAGCAGUAGCAUACUUGCAGCAGGGUCUGCAGAUAGCGGAACACCUUGGUCGUCGGGAAGAGGAGGCUCGCAUAAGGCACAGGCUUGGUCUUGCACUGUGGGGGCACGGGGACCUUGAAGGAAGUCAGAGCCAGCUGGAAAGGGCAGCGGCUCUGCUCGAGACCAUCCGCAGGGAGGCGCGGGGCUCUCCUGACUACAAGCUCUCACUUUAUGACCUCCAGACAGCUUCAUACCAGGCUCUCCAGCGCGUGUUGGUGGGUCUCGGGCGCCAGGAGGAGGCACUUCUAGUCGCAGAGAGGGGGCGCACACGAGCGUUGGUGGACCUGCUGCUGGAGAGGCAGGCUGCUGACCCCUGCCACCACAGUGGCUCUGCCCCAGCGCCCCGCCUGGAUGACAACACCCCCAGUUCUGUGGAGCAGCUACUGGAGAUAGUCAACAGGCAAAAGGCGUCUGUGCUCUACUACAGCUUGGCUGCAGGCUACCUCUACUCUUGGCUCAUUGUGCCAACAAAAGGUGUGGUAAGAUUCCAUGAAGUGGCUGUUAGUGAGGUUGAGGCUGAACGAGAGCAAGAAGCCAAUGGAGAGGAACUCCUGGCAACAUCAGGCUCUCUGCUGGAGCAUUAUAUACAAAGUGUUCGAGACAGCUUGGGCGUGGAACUACACACAAUGUCCAGAGGACGAGGCAUCAUGGGUGAUAUGGAUGCUGAUGCUUCAGAUAUUUGGUCACAGCACUUGGAAGAACUUGGUGAUCGCCUAAAUCAGGAUGCCGAUCGAACUGGCUUCCUGCGUAUGGUUAAUCGUAACCAUCUCUUCAAUUCCAGCAACUACAGUCUUAGCAGUCUUUUCAGCCUUGGCAGCGUAGGUGGCAGUGUAGCAAGUGGACCAGCGUCACGUCCUGGUUCAACACGGUCACGACAGCCACCACACCAGUCUUGGCAGGGGCCUUCCUGCCUGGCAGCUCUCUACCAGCUGUUGUUGGCUCCAUUCGAAGACUGCCUCCCCUCUCUUUGUGCUAAAGGCAGCAAAGGCCGUCGUGAACUGUUGCUGGUGCUGGAAGGUGAACUGUAUUUGGUUCCAUUCCCCGUUCUGAAGCCAGCCACAGAGGGUCCAUGUGAAUACUUGUGCGAGAGGUUCAGCCUGCUCGUAGUGCCAUCACUCUCAUCACUCCGUGCAUCCCAGCGGUCCUCCAGGGCACUCACAGCCAGCAAGGCCAAUCCGGCUGGUUCAACAGUCACUGCUGCUCCUGGUAUGGACCAGACACAGCAGAGCACCAACAUGUCAGCACUGGUGGUGGGGAAUCCAAGACUUCCUGGCUCAGUCACUGAGCAGUGGGGUUGGAGUGACAUUCCGUAUGCUGAGCAGGAAGCUGCCAUGGUGGCGGAGAUGUUACAGGCAAAGGCUUUGGUUGGGGCACAGGCUAGCAAGGAAGCAGUGUUACGACAGAUUGGUGAAGCUGAAUGUGUACAUCUGGCUACGCAUGUGUCUUGGAAGUUGUCAGCGAUUGUACUCUCUCCAGGAGAUGUGGUUGACUCACAACAGCCGAAGAGGUACUUUGCCACUGCAGGAUCUGAUCCUGGGCAUGAGCAGGGAGAUGAAGAGGGAUCAGAGGUGUCGAGCACUACGGAGCUGCCGGCGCCCAGUGAGUUCCUGCUGACAGCGGCAGACCUGCUGCAGCUGCGGCUGUCCGCCCGGCUGGUCGUGGUGAGCAGCAGCCACACGAGGGACCAUCACGGCUGGGCAAGUGCUGACGGUGUGGUCGGCCUGACAAGGGCGCUGCUCGCUGCUGGCGCCCAAUGUGUCUUGGUCUCACUCUGGCCCGUGCCGGACACGGCAGCACGCCUCCUACUCAGAGCUUUCUACUCUGCUCUCUUGCAGGGUUCACGUGUAUCAAAAGCUCUAGCAGAAGCCAUGCUAACUGUGCAACAUACUAAGCAUUUUGCUCAUCCUGCCAACUGGGCUGGUUUCCUAUUGGUAGGAACAGACGUGCGCCUAUCAAACAAGGUGGCUCUCAUGGGCCAGGCUCUGUGUGAACUCCUCAAGAGUCCUGACAAGUGUCGUGAUGCUCUCAGAGUCACUCUCCAUUUGGUUGAAAAAUCACUGCAAAGAAUCCACCGUGGCCAGAAGAAUGCCAUGUACACAACACAAAAGAGCAUAGAAAAUAAAGUGGGCCAUGUAAAUGGAUGGAAAGAGCUGUUGAUGUCUGUGGGAUUCAGAUUUGAACCUGCAGCCAAUGGCAUUCCAUCAUCUGUGUUCUUUCCUCAGAGUGAUCCAGAGGAAAGGUUAACUCAGUGUAGUGCCAGCUUGCAGGCUUUGUUAGGUUUAACAGGUACAUCUUUGUAUGCUCUGUCUAAACUCAUGUCGAAUGUGGAAGUGGCAGAUGACAUCAUUGGAGUCAUACGACAAGUUAUAGGACAGUUCAGCAUGAAGAAUCCUGAAACAGAUAGUGUAGAAAUACCUAUCAGUGUGAAACUAUGGAGGGUUCCUGGCUGCCAUGAAUUACUUGCUUCCCUAGGUUUUGACCUCAUGGAAGUUGGCCAAGAUGAGGUUACUUUAAGAACAGGCAAGCAGGCAAAUAGAAGAAACAUUCAGUUUGUUCUCCAGGCCUUACUUGCAUUAUUUGAUACACAAGAAGCACCCAAGAGCCUCAGUUUGGACUCAUCAAGUUCACUGGAGAGCUUGACGUCACUAGACGGAGAGAAUGAGAGGGUUGGAGGUGCAUCUGGAGGCCUACGAUCCAGAUCCCCACCACCUGUAGCAAUGCCACCACCCCCACUGCCUUUCUCUCUGCUGCCUGGACACCGCAGUACUGGUGGAGCCUUCACAAGCUAUGUCCGUAGGAGAGGAGAACCCGACGGCCAUACAGCGUGUGCACCAGAGACAGUGACUGCUGCCACUGUCACAGCAAACACCAGCAGUACCACUUCAACAGCUGCAGCUCCUCCAGCCAAACCCACCAUUGUUGGGAGACCCGGAGGUGGUGGUGAGAGUGAUGCCGCAUUCACUCCAAGUCCACCGGUCGUUCAAGACAUCGCAACGCUUACACUCGCACACCAGACACGUAUACGUACUCUGUACUCGGGCAAUAUUGCAGGCAGUGGCAAGGGCGGUGGUGGAGGAGGUGACGGAUCACCUCCAUCCGGUGAGACGAGUGUGGCGCUACUGCGCUGCAGCAGGCCUGCCAGUUCCAGUUCAGCAAGCUCUGCCACAGACUGGGAGGGAUCCGGACACAACACAGUGCUCCGCAGGGCGGCACAGCAGAUGCCCUUGCCUCCACUGCCCCCUCCGCGACAGGUACCCGCCCCGCCAGCUCCUGUGGUUGAGGCUCUGCACCCUCUGCCACCUUCAACACUGUAUAACCCUGGAGGCGAGUCUCAGCACAGCUCUGAUUCUGACUUUGGUAGUCCAGUGAAGUCUGUCUUCAAGACGACAAGAUCAAACUACCAUAAUGCACCCACCCUCAAGCUUCAGUCCACCUCUGCAACAUCGUCCGUGCAAAACCCACAGCAAGCUUCAAUGUUAGAAAGGCUGAGUGUGAGAACUGAGCUCGGGAAUCUGGGAAGUGCCGGGUCUAGAAAACCACUGGCGUUGAGUUCUGGUGAUGAAGGGACUUUACCAAAUAUUAAAGAUUCAUCAUCACGAAUUCAUUACUUCCCUGUUGCAGAUAGUAAUGAUACAAGUGAAAGCAAGACAUUUGAAGAGACACCUGAUGUAAUGGCAUCUAACAGCAAUAAUGCUAGUAGCAGUAGCACUCAGAACAACAACAGCAACAGCAUACAAGACCAGAUAAUUGCAACGCAACUCAGGCGCCUGAAUCGUGAACUGACGCCGACAAUAUCAGACGUGUACCACGAGCGCAACAUCGGCCUCGGCCUCGCACCGCCCCUGUCGAAGUUGCUCUUGCCAUCUCGACAAGCCGCGGGUACAGUUGGCGCCAAAGAGAACCAGCAGCACGGAAACGAAGUGGAAUCUGGUACCGGUGAAGCACUUCUCGCAGCUGGUCUUGAUAAACUGGGAUUGCUGUCCGAGGAGUCUAAGUCAGGCACAGACACGUCGACAUCGAAGGCACCGUGGCUAUCACUGCAACAGUUCCAGCAGAGUGGUGGAGAUCUGUCUACUGCUGAUCUCCUUGCCGAAAGUAAGGUUCGUGCAACUGGUGGUUCUCCGUGCAGUGAACUGAGUCGCAGAGACGAAGGAGAUGGGCGAUCUAUUGCAGAUUCACAGUGCAGUGCAGGCUCCUACAACAAGCCCUCACUUUUAACGAGGGCAAAUCCAGGAAUUUAUUUUGGACAGGAUGAUCAGAAGAUGCAGCCAGCUAGAGUAGUCAGCUUCCUGGAAGAUGUAGUUUCAAUGGGUGCAGAUGAAUGUGGAAGUUCGAGUAAGUCGAGGGGUGCUUCCAGAGACAGUAACACAGCACCCCUUCCCAGACUGAGGGCUUCUAAACAGCCCCCACCCCCAAUUCCCACUUCUAGGCCUCCACCCACAUCCGUGAAGUUCCCUGGAGGUUUUGGACAUCAACAGCAACCACCCUCACAGUGCUGAUUAUAGCUACAAUGAGAGUGAGGACUGAAUCAUUCAUUAUAUGUGCUGCAAAACUGUUUUGUUCUUACAGUACCAGUGCUUCUGUUACAUGUGAAAGUGAGUGUUAAGUGUAUAAAUUUAAUUUUUUGUCAUCAGUUUAUCUUCUUAACUGUGCUUCAGUUACAUAAAAAAUACUGUAAUCAUUUGCAAACUGAAAGUGUAAAGUUUCACCAUAUUAGUGUCUUCCAAAAGGCAAUCAUUUUAGGGAGAUGUUGUAUUGUUAUUGUCUUCCAAAAACGUUACUAGCUUUUUAAAAAAGAUAUAUACUUUGUAAUAUGUAAGUGGUUUCCAUUAUCAUUAGGAAUAGUAUUGUGUGCAAUACGGGAAACAAAAUGGCAUCAUCCAUGGAUGAUAUUUGUUGUAAUAAUGAAAUAAGAGAUAUGUGAAACAGUUUAAUACAAUAAUGUUGUUUCUAUUGUGGCUGAGGACUUAUUUUCUGAAAUUAAAAAUCCAGAAUUUGUGAGAAAAUUGUUUUUCGGUAGGCUAGUGGUGCUUGCACGCAGGGUAGGGAAAAGAACUGUGACUGCUCAGUUAAAUUGUUAAUUUAUAUAAUGGAAAUGUACCUUUGUGUUACAUUUUUGUUACUAAGUUUCAGUACUUGUGGGGAUCAAACACAUAAAGUGAUAGAGACCUAGCCAACACUGGAAAAAUUGUACACAGUUGUAAACUGUGUUGGAGAAAGUAUGGAAGAGUGUAGAAAAUAAUGCCAGAAGAUUCGUUAUGUGUUGAUAUCUUUGUUUGUACGUGACUAAAAUAUUAAGAUAUUCCUUCAGCUUCUCAAAAAUUGCUGUCACCAACCUUGCCAUUUAUCUUUGUCCUAAUGAUGUUGACUACUACUUAGUAGACGUUGAAUAGAUAACAAGUUGUAUAUUGUGAGAUUUAUGAUUUCUCUCUUAUGCAUCAGAAAGUCUUCUAAAAUUUAUUAUUUGUUUACUGCAGCAAAAAUUGUAUCACAUCAUGAAAAUGGCGUUCACUACACAACAUUAGAAUUUUAAAGAAAAAUAGAUAUGGGCAUUUCAAAAUAGUUGAUGCUAUAGCAGAGAUUUAUGGCAAUGGUACAUUAUCACAACUAUUUUCUUCCUGAAGUUUAUAUAAAAUUGUUCUGACUGAGUGAUGGAAAUUAGUAGUUUAUAAUAUUCCAUACAAAAUAACUAUUAUUCUGCAUGCGUUGAGCUUUACCACUCAACUGGUAAUUUACUAAGACUUUAUUUUUAUAUAAUGUAUCUGCAGUUACAUUAAGUUAUAAGAGAAAAAUAGUACUCUGUGCAACAUAUCGAAUCUCAGUUUAAUUAAAGACGUUCUCAGAGAAAGAAUAUGAAAAAUAAUUGUGAUAUGCUUUAAAAUUUCAAUCUCUUGAUAGUCUUUUUGAAAUUGUCUUUUUUAUUCAAUUCUUACUUCAUCUUAAAGUACUGCUUUCAAGAGUGUAACAUUAAACUCAUUCUUUUCUGGUCUGCAGUCACUGCAUAACACAGGUCAUCAUUGACAUACAUAUUUCAGCAAUUUCAAGUGCAAUUAGAAUUAUCUUGUGAUGGAAAGAGUUGCUACAAAAGAAAUCAGACCUUUAUUAAAAGUCUUGUUGGUAACUGGAAUAUAUGUACAUAUUCAAAAGAUAAUCAUUUAAAAAAUUGUAGAUUGUUAUUAACUAACCAAAAGAUUUUUAGCAUAGUUCUUGAGAACUUCUGUAUUUACUACUUGAAGGCAAUGCUUUUUUGGACACUUUUGUUUCAUAGAAAAUGAAGAGGAAAGAAUUAAAAAGAAAAAUGAUGCAUGCACAUUCUACAACCAAUUUUUUUUUUUUUUUUUUUUUUUUUUGGU